CUUCUUCAGGAGUUAUGUAUGCGACGAGGAAUCUCUCCAAAAUAUGACUUGCUGCAGAUAGAGGGUGCUGUACAUGAACCAACUUUUGUCUACAGAGUCACGGUUGGAGAGUUUGCUGCUAAUGGAUCAGGGCAGAGUAAGAAGAAAGCUAAACAUGCUGCAGCAAAAGCAGUACUGGACAUAAUUAUUCAGGGUGGCGCUGCUGGAGCUGGUGGACCUACAGCUGGUGGAGCGCCUGGGGCACCACCUGAGCUAUCCACUCAGAUUGUCUCACCAUAUGAUGAUGGUAUCCCAGGGAACCCAGUUGGAUCCUUGCAGGAGCUGUGCAUGGCGCGUCGGUGGCCCCCUCCCACUUAUGAUCUUACCUCGGAGGAGGGUUUCCCUCAUGAGCGAACUUUCUCCAUUGCUUGCACCAUCGGCAAUACAAAAGAAAUUGGUACAGGUAAAAGUAAGAAGCUUGCAAAGCGACAGGCAGCAUACAAGAUGACACAGCGGUUGAAGGACCAACCCGUAGAGCAACCCCAAGUUAACAUGUUAGCUGACGACGACGAUGAGGUAAUACAUCUGAAUGACUUGCCUUGCUAAACUUGCAUGAUAAUA